GCGUGCAUGUGUUGCGCGCGUGUGCGUGUGUGUGCGCGCGCGUGUGCGAGUUCGAACGCGCGCGAGACCGUCUUCAUUCCGCUGGUUUUCGGCACGGAAGCGCCAAGUGACGACCGCGUCGCGUCCACUCUUCGGCAGCAGCUCGCACCGACACGCGUCGCCACCCGGUGGUCCUCCGUCUCGUCCGUAUCGUGCACACGCGCGCGCGCGCUCGAGUACCACUCGCAGCACCGACGUCUGCAAACUUUGUGUUCCGCACCGGACGAUUUUAUUUUCCGUUUCGGUCAUUUAUCGUCGUCGUUUUUACGUUUUUUCAAGUAUCGUUUUUUUGAAGAAAAAAAUAACCAUGACUUCCGGAGUAGCGGACGACGAUCCGCUGCAGUCGCAACGCUCACCUCUGGCCACUGAUGUGUGCAGCCAAAAGAAGAUAAACGAAAACAAUCGACGGAGCAAUAAACCAAUCAUGGAGAAGAAAAGAAGAGCAAGAAUAAAUAACUGUUUGAAUGAAUUAAAGACUUUGAUCCUAGAUGCAACUAAAAAAGACCCAGCUAGACAUUCGAAAUUGGAAAAAGCAGAUAUAUUGGAAAUGACUGUAAAACACUUGGAAUCUAUGCAAAGGCAUAAUGUAGCUUUAUCUGCUGCCACGGAGUCUACAGUAGCCAACAAAUUCAAGGCCGGAUUUACAGAGUGUACAAACGAAGUAAACCGAUUUCCUGGGCUUGAACCUCAUGUUAGAAAACGUCUCAUGCAGCACUUAAACACAUAUUUCAAUAAAGAAAGUGGUAAUAACAAUCCGAAAGUUAUUUCAACAUCUCCAGAAACAUCAAAUCUGCAAUUGCAUUUGGACUCUAACCAGAACGCUAUACUAUUGGGCACCACUGGUUCAGCUUGCGGAGUCCAACUGGUUCCUACAAGACUAUCCAACGGUGAUAUUGCUCUAGUUUUGCCAUCUAGACCUACCGAAACAUCACCUCCGCCACCACCCCUUUCUAUGAUUGUACCAACACCGCCGUCCACUCAAUCUGAUUCUUCCGAUACUGAGUCGCCUAUGCCCGAUAGACCUUUAUCGUGCUAUUCAAUGGGCAGCACAGAUGAUAGUACAGAUACAUAUAGCCAACCAGAACUGCCCCUAGCACUGGUUACCAAACACAGACGAGAUGACGAACAGUCAGAUCUAGAACAGCCCUGGCGGCCAUGGUAGUAAUAAUUUAUUUUCCGAUUCAACGCAGGAUACUCUCAUUAAUUAAGUGUUUUUAUUUUUAUCUUCCAAACAUGUGUAUUUUUAUUCGUCAAUUUACAUAUAUUUGAAUAUUUCUUUGUGCCAUACAUUUUAAAUUAUAGAAAUUGUUUAAAGUAGAAGUAAAAGGCUGGUAGCGCAUAACUAUAUUUUAAUAACUAAUAAGACAGCUAAUAUUUAUGU